AGACUGGAAUAUAUCCCCACCUCCUUUCUACAAAUGGAAUGCACUUUCUUUCAUUACCUCGCUACAUCUCACAUGGGUUCUACUCUCUUUCUUUGGCUCCUCCUCAUCUUCUCUGUCUUAUGUUCUCCCGUUGCAGCAGCACAUUCAGCCACAUGGACCUAUGGAGUAAAUUAUGGCAGAAUAGCAAACAAUUUACCGGCACCCGAGAGUGUGGUGACCCUUCUAAAGGCUGCGAAGAUAAAUCACGUCCGAAUCUAUGAUGCUGAUCAUGGAGUUCUGCAGGCCUUUAAAGGGUCUGGUAUAGAAAUUAUAGUUGGACUUCCCAAUGAGUAUUUGAAAGAAAUAAGUAUAGGGGAGGAUCGAGCCAUGAUUUGGGUAAAAGAAAAUGUACAGGCAUUCCUUCCGGGAACUCGUAUUCGAGGAAUAGCUGUGGGAAAUGAGAUAUUAGGUAGUGGUCCUAUAGAACUUUGGGAGGUUUUAUUGUCUGCAGCAAAGAAUGUUUACAGUGCUCUUUACAGGUUGGGUUUAAAAGAUACUGUUCAGGUUUCAAGUCCACAUUCAGAGGCUGUAUUUGCCAAUUCCUUCCCACCAUCUGCCUGCAUCUUCAGACCUGAUGUUCUUCCAUUCAUGAGGCCACUUCUGCAGUUCUUCUCUCAGAUUGGUUCUCCAUUUUAUAUAAACGCAUAUCCAUUUCUAGCCUAUAAGAAUGAUCCUGAGCAUAUUGACAUUAACUAUGCCCUAUUCAAAGAUAAUGCCGGCAUUUAUGAUGCAAAGACCAAGCUACACUAUGAUAACAUGUUUGAAGCUCAGGUUGAUGCAGCUUAUGCUGCACUGGAAAAAGCUGGUUUUCCAAAGAUGGAGGUCAUUGUUUCUGAAACUGGUUGGGCUUCUCGUGGGGAUCCAGAUGAAGCAGGUGCCACAGUUAAGAAUGCAAAGACUUACAAUAAGAAUUUGCGUAAACGGCUAGCCAAAAAGAAGGGUACCCCCUUCAGGCCAAAGAUGGUUGUGAGGGCUUAUGUUUUUGCCCUGUUCAAUGAAAACUCCAAGCCGGGACCAACCUCUGAGAGAAACUUUGGAUUGUUUAAGCCUGAUGGAAGCAUAGCCUAUAAUAUUGGAUUCACUGGACUUGUACCUUCUGCAGCAGCCUCCUCAUUUCUCUCUUUUAAGGAUAUUGCAGUUCAAGGUUGGUUUUUCAUGGCUUGGGCUGUAGUUCUACUGCAGAGUUUAGGCUUGUAAAUAGUCACACGACUUGUUGUAUAGCAAUAUUCAAGAAUAACCAAUUCAAUUUUUUUCUUCUUGUAAUAAACAAUCAUUCUUGAAUUAAUUGAUGACCCAAAAUUGCUAA